AUGUUGUUGACUUGCGAUCCUCAAACUCAAAGAGACAAAUAAGUUUGCGAGUACUUUUCUUCUGCCUUUGAUUUUUAUUUAUCUUGUACAAGCAGAGCACGGAACCAUUUCAACCUAUAUAUUCAGCUAAUUCAUGCUAUUUUGUAUUCAUGUUUAAACUUCCUGUGGGCCUCUGUUGUAUGUGCUUAUCAUGGCUAAUAGAGGAAACCCCAUCAACAAGCUCUUCUAUCUUAUUAUCUACUGCUGUUGUGCUUGUUAUGCAGUUACUGCAACAGACACACUAAUCAAAGGCCAGCUCUUUAAUUCCUCCGACCGUCUUGUUUCGAAAAACGGUCUCUUUACAUUAGGGUUCUACAAUAUUUCUGAGAGCAGCUAUUUGGGGAUAUGGUUCAGGGAUUCUUACUCAGGCAAGCCCUUUUGGCUUGCGAACCGUGAUAAGCCUGUUCCGGUUGGUACUGGUGUAUUCACCAUAGAUGAAGCCGGAACAAUGAAGAUUAUGGACUCUGGUGGGGGUGAUGUGAUUGAUGUCUAUGCGACUCAGUCCAACGCCAACUUGUCCGCUGUAUUGUUGGAUAAUGGUAAUUUUGUGUUGAGAGAAGUAGAGGGAAAUCAGCAAGUUCUGUGGGAAAGCUUUGAUUAUCCAACAGAUACUUUACUGCCGGGAAUGAAACUUGGGAUCAACCGCAGGACUGGAAGGAACUGGUCACUUGGGUCAUGGUUGAUUGACUUAACUCCAAGUCCUGGAGCUUUCUCUCUUGAAUGGGAUCCUAAUGCACACCAACUGUUUGUUAAGAGGCGCGGGGUGACUUUCUGGUCUAGUGGAGAAUUGAAGGACAACAAAUUCGGAAUUAUCAAUUACGACUAUAGCUUUGUUAGUGUUUCAAAUGCAGAUGAGGAAUACAUCACUUUUUCUCAUGCAAGAAAUGAGUAUUCGUUUUUGCAUUUGGAUUAUGAUGGUUCAAUUGUUGAUGACUAUGUUGAUCGUGGCCCAGUAGUAUUAUUCCUUUCACCUCGCUGUGAUGGAAACAGUACAAAUGAUGGUUGUGUGAGAUGGGAAGGGCCAGAGUGUAGGAAUGGAGCUAAGUUUGCCGUAAGAGAUGGUUGGUUUGGGAAUGUUCGUAUUAACUAUGAUGAUAAUGCUAGUCUUACUGAAACUGACUGUAUGGAUAUUUGCUGGAGAGAUUGUGAGUGCAUUGGCACGGAUAAAUCGGAUAACACGACGGGAUGCAGAUUUUGGUAUGGACCUUUCAAUGUAGAUGACAAUAGGGUAUCAGCGACAUAUAACAUCAUCAUUCCAGAAGAAAGGUCUUCAUCUGACUCAGGGGGGAGGGAGUGGAUAUGGAUUUUGGGCGUUGUAGCAGCUGCUCUAAUCCUAAUUCUCUUGGCCAUUUUUUUCUUUUGGAGGAGGAAAAAACUCAGAGAGAGGUACCUGCUUGAGUUAAUGACGACCGAUAGAGCUGAAGAUGCAGAUGUGCUUCUUGAUCAUGAUGGAAACAAGGGACACAAUUUGAAAGUAUUUAGUGUCUCAUCGAUCUUGGACGCUACAAAUAACUUCUCAUCAGAAAAUAAACUUGGACAAGGUGGUUUUGGCCCUGUUUACAAGGGAAAAUUGAAUGAGGGGCAGGAGAUCGCCGUAAAAAGAUUAUCAAGAAGUUCGGGGCAAGGACUUGUGGAGUUCAAAAAUGAGCUCAUUCUAAUAGCUAAGCUGCAACACACGAAUCUUGUCCGCCUCUUGGGCUGCUGUAUUUACGGGGAAGAGAAAAUGUUAGUCUAUGAGUAUAUGCCCAACAAAAGCUUGGACUAUUUCAUCUUUGAUGAUUCAAGAAAGAAGCUUUUAGACUGGCUAAAGCGUUUCGAGAUUAUUGAAGGGAUAGCUCAAGGACUACUUUACCUUCACAAGUACUCCAGAUUGAGAAUAAUCCAUAGAGAUUUGAAAGCAAGCAAUAUAUUACUUGAUGAAAACUUGAACCCUAAAAUCUCAGAUUUUGGCAUGGCAAGAAUUUUCAGCACAAAAGACUCUGUAGUAAAUACAAACAGGGUUGUUGGGACAUAUGGUUAUAUGUCUCCGGAGUACGCAAUGGAGGGAACUUUCUCGGUGAAAUCUGAUGUCUUCAGCUUUGGUGUCCUUGUGCUGGAGAUCAUAUCUGGCAGGAAGAAUCACAGCUCUUUCCAAAUUGAUCGCCCACUCAACCUUGUCGGAUAUGCAUGGGAAUUGUGGAAACAAGGUGCUGCAUUACAACUUAUGGAUCCAAAUAUAAAAGAUUCAUCUUCUAGCGCACAAGUUUUGAGAUGCAUCAAUGUGGGAUUGCUCUGUGUAGAAGACAAUGCCUUGGAUAGACCCACAAUGUCCGAAGUCAUAUCUAUGCUUAGUAAUGAAAUUGGGCAGUUGCCAGUGCCAAAACAGCCUGCAUUCACCUCUAGAGGCGGCGUUGUCAUUGAAACAAGUUUGGCUGAAAACAAGUCAGUUACUUAUUCUACCAAUGAAAUGUCCAUUUCAGUAGAUGCAAGAUGAGAUAUUAUUUUUAUUUUCUUUCCUAUUCCAGCAGGUGGAUAUGGAUGUGGGUAUACAAAUAUUUGUAUUGGCUGAUGUUA